AUGCUAAAAAUUUUCCUUAUUGCUAACCUUGAACACAAAGAAAUGGAGGGGCUGUCUAAAUUACUCAAGUUAUCUUCUUCCCUGCUCAGGUUCAGACCUAAGACAACCUAUGUUGUGUUGCUUCCAGAGAAUCCAGUAGAUACUGAGGAUGACAAUCCAUUGCUGCGAACAAAUUCCCUCCCAGAGUUUGACCAGCUUACCCCUGAGAAAUGCUGGACUGGGAUGGGCAAGCUGGCACUGGAGUACGAGUCUGGCGUGUGGGCAGUGGAGGAGAGAGCCAGAGAUCCCAAGGAGCCUAAAACAUUUGAUAAUAUUAUUGGAGAACUAGACAAACUUGAAUCUCCUUUCAAUGCUGCCUGGAGCACUGUGAAAACUCUCUACACUGUCAAGAACAGCGACAUGAACACAAACACUUACCUUAAAAUCCACGAAAGAGCAAGGAAGGCGCGGGUUCACAAGUUCCAGAGCCAGCCAAUCUAUGAAGCCUGCAAGGAAAGCAGCAAUCUGUCAGACACAUAUAAGUCCCGGUAUCAGCAGGGGCCGUGGGCAGUAACAUUGCAGCCACAUGUGUACCACAGCUUUCUGGAGCAUUGCCCCUCAUCUGAUCUGCGUCGCAACACUUAUCGCGCUUACAACAUGAGAGCCUCCAACCACAUUGAUCAAGAACUGAGCAACAGCAUACACAUGGAGGAUAUUCGGUCUUUGAGGGGAGAACAAGCUACCCUGCUUGGCUACAAGGACUUCGCCCACAUGUCCAUGGAGACGAAGAUGGCUGGAAGUGUGGAGAAUGUGCUGUCAAUGAUCACUAGUCUACUAGCAAAAGCAAAAACUGCACAGGACAAAGAAAUAGCAUCACUGCAAGAGUUUGCUGAGACCAGAGGGUUUGAACUUCAGCUGGAAGCCUGGGAUGUGCCCUACUGGAGGAGGAAACAGAAGCGCCAUCUCUUCAACUUUGAUGAAACUCAACUUCGAGACUACUUUCCCUUUGAGCAUGUCUUCGUCAGUCUCCUAGAACUGUGCUCAGAGCUCUUUGGCAUCUCCUUUGAAGAGAUCCCUGACAAAGUCCCCACUUGGCAUCCCGACGUACGCUUCUUCAAUAUCUUAGAUGCAUCAGGGGAUUAUCUUGCUUCAUUUUACCUAGACCCUUUCCAGAGGCCAGGUGAAAAGUUACAAACAAGGGUGGAUGCAGCGUGGAACCUUGUGAUCCGUAGCCGCUCAGACAUUGCCAAGAUGCUUCCUAUUACCAACCUAGUGUUUAACUUCACUCCACCUGCCUCAGAGGAUCAAUCAGCACUACUUACUUUCUCAGAAGUUACCCUUCUCUUCCAGAAAUUUGGCAGUGCCCUGCAACAUCUCCUCACCACAGUGCCAUACACAGAGUGCUCUGGGAUGACUAACAUAGAGUGGGAUGCUGUAGAAGUAUGUUCCAACUUCAUGCAAAACUGGUUACAAGAGCCAGCUGUCCUGCAGCGCAUCAGUCAGCAUUAUGAAUCUGGCCUGCCUCUCAGUGGUUCCAGCAUCAAGGAAUUAUUGGCCAGUCAAAACCACAUGGCUGGCUAUGACCUCUGCUCUGAACUCUACCUGGCUCACCUGGAUAUGGAACUUCACACAAGGAAGAACUACUGGCUAGAUAUUGCACGAGAACUGUGGCCAUCUUACCGGCCAUUCACACUUGACAAGUACGAUGCACAUCUCUGCUCCAACACGGCUAUUAUGGCGGAUGUGUGGGCUGCUGCGUACUACUCUCACCUGUGGUCUCGCAUGGUGGCUGCUGACGUGUUCCAGGCCUUCAGGGAGCCACAGGAGACGGAUGGUGAACUUGGUGAAAGAUUUCGUUCCACAUUCCUUUCAUUGGGAGGAGGGUGCCAUCCCAGCGAGGUGUUCCGCAGAUUCAGAGGUCGUGACCCAUCCCCAGACGCUCUUCAUGUCCUGUGUGGCAUCAGUCCACAGGCUACCUGAAUAUACCCCAGUCUAAGCUCUUCCAUCCUCAGGAUUUUAAGAGUAAGAAAGAUUCAGUGAGUUAUUUGUGUUCACAUGUAAUUGUAGUCUUUUUAAUCUUGCAUAAUUAUUUUAUAAAUGUGCCUCAAAAUUGUGGGAUUUAUUUAUUUAUUUAUUAUUUAUAUUUUUUAUAUAUUUUAAUGUUAAGAAUGUUAAACUUUUUUUCAAAUUUCAAGGUAUGAAUUAAGCACAAUAGUAUUGGUUGAUAUUAUUUUGUGUUCUUUGAACAAAGAUUGGUAUUUUUGUUUACUAAACCAAUCAUAUAUAUUGUCUGAAAGUCACACAAUAGUGGCAGACUUAACUGUUUAGGGUUCAAAUUAAAUGGUAGAAUUUGUCCACAUUUCCAUUGUGUUUAUUAUCUAUUGUGCAUCCAUGGGGAGUCCAUCAGAUAUGUUCUAGUAACAAAAUAAUAGGAAAGUUUUAGAACUUGAGAGUAAUCAUUAAGAAUUUCUUUGUCUCCAGAGUAUUUAUUUAUUUAUUUUUUAAGGUGAGAUACCUUAUUGCAGAGUACUUGAAUAUUUUAAGAAAUAUUUAUGCAACAUUUUGGAAUUGUUUUUUCAGUUUUAUUAUAAAUUAAUUAUCCAAGAUAAGAGCAAAUCCAUAAGCUUCAGAUGGUUCCACUGCUUCAACAGAAAUGUGUAAUUAAGUAUUAUUUACAGAUGAUCUAGAUUAUGAGGUGGAAAUGUUGCCAUCUUGGUAUUGAGUGUUAAAGGUACCCACAUACAGGCCUUGAAAAUGCCUGACUGUCAUAAGAGUAACUAAGGAAGACUGCUGUGAUCCAAGAACUUACUGGGGUAAGAUUAUAGAAAGAAAAUUAAUUGUAGACUAAAUAAACUUCACAGAAAAUAGAAAUAAAAAAUAUUUUCAUGUUAAAUUUGUUGUAACUUCUUGUCUGGAGGACUUUUGCUGUACUUCUGUACAGUUUUUGAUUCAAGGUAAAGGGAAAAUCUGAUCAUUUAUAAUUAUGUGCACCAGGUUGUCAGUGUGAUUGUUUGGCAUUCACAUUUAAUUUUAAAUAGAAUGGUAAUUGAUUGUAAAUAACAGUAAUAAUGCAAAGGCAGCCCUGAUCCUGUAAAUAGAUUUUACAUGUUUAGUUAUGUACAGUAUUUGUUUUCUCUAAUUUAACAAUAAAUGAUUUAUGUUUGAACA